AUGGCGCGGACCCCAGGGCCAGCCCCGCCGCGUCCCGGAGGCGGCAGAGCCCAACUUUCCGCCGCUGCUCCCCCCGGGGCCGGGCUGCUGCCGCCGCCGCCGCCGCUGCUGUUGCUCGCGCUGCUGCUCCUCUCCCGGCUCUGUGGUGCGUUAGCUGGUCCGAUUAUUGUGGAGCCACAUGUCACUGCAGUAUGGGGAAAAAAUGUUUCGCUGAAAUGUUUAAUUGAAGUAAAUGAAACCAUAACACAGAUUUCAUGGGAGAAGGUACAUGGCAAGAGUUCACAGACCGUGGCAGUUCAUCACCCUCAGUAUGGAUUCUCUGUUCAGGGAGAAUAUCAGGGGAGAGUCCUGUUUAAAAACGACUCACUUCAUGAUGCAACAAUCACACUGCAUAACGUGGGGUUCUCUGAUUCUGGGAAAUACGUGUGCAAAGCCGUCACCUUCCCACUUGGAAAUGCCCAGUCUUCCACAACUGUCACUGUGUUAGUUGAACCCACUGUGAACCUGAUAAAAGGUCCAGAUUCUUUAAUUGAUGGAGGAAAUGAAACAGUAGCAGCCGUUUGUAUUGCAGCCACGGGUAAACCAGCUGCACACAUUGACUGGGAAGGCGAUCUUGGUGAAAUGGAAUCUACUACAACUUCUUUUCCAAACGAAACGGCAACAAUUGUCAGCCAGUAUAAGCUGUUUCCAACCAGAUUUGCUCGAGGAAGACGAAUUACUUGUGUUGUAAAACAUCCAGCUUUGCAAAAGGAUAUCCGAGAUUCUUUCAUAUUAGAUAUUCAAUAUGCUCCUGAAGUUUCAGUAACAGGGUAUGAUGGGAAUUGGUUUGUGGGAAGAAAAGGUGUUAAUCUCAAGUGUAAUGCUGACGCAAACCCACCACCCUUCAAAUCUGUGUGGAGCAGGUUGGAUGGACAGUGGCCUGAUGGUUUAUUGGCUUCAGAUAAUACUCUUCAUUUCGUCCACCCAUUGACUUUGAAUCAUUCCGGUGUUUAUGUCUGUAAAGUGACCAAUUCCCUGGGUCAAAGAAGUGAUCAAAAGAUCAUCUACAUUUCGGAUGUCCUAUUUAAGCAGACCUCUUCUACAGCUGUAGCUGGAGCUGUAGUUGGAGCUGUCCUUGCCCUUUUCAUCAUUGCCAUCUUUGUGACUGUGCUGCUGACUCCCCGAAAAAGGAGACCAACCUAUCUUGACAAAGUGAUUGACCUCCCCCCUACACAUAAACCACCUCCUGUGUGUGAAGAAAGAUCCUCCCCUACACCUCAGAAAGACCUUCUGCAUCAGACUGAACACUUGCCUUUGCAGACUCCGUUCAAAGAAAGAGAAGUUGGCAGCCGUCAACACUCUAAUGGACUAAGUAGCAGGAGAUUUGAUUAUGAAGAUGAGAACCCAGCGGAGGAGGAUGGGAUUCAGCAGAUGCGUGCUCUUUCCAGUCAGAUGUGCUACCAAGACUGGAGUCCUGGCGGACACCACCACAGUGAUGGCCCUGGGAGGGUCUGCAUCAACUCACGAGAACAUUACGUGUGAUUGUCCUCUCUUUCCGAAGGAUGUUUUAACAAAUGUUUCUUCUUAGACUGGGGAGAGAAACUGAGGCCAACAGUUAAUAUUUUAUUCUUUCUCGGAUAAAACAAUCCCAAUCUAAGCGUAUUGGAAGUCUUGAUGAAUGACUUGGAGCCAAUGAAUUUCUUAGGGAUAGUUUUGUGCGUUCCUGUGAUGGUGGUGUUUUACCACUAACAUUUGGCCUUCAGUAGCAUGUUCAUUUAACAGUACAGCAUCUGUCCAUGGGGACUGCACUGACUCUCCAGAAGAAAGGCCCCAGCUGGUAGUACUAACCUUGUUGGGCUCAGGCGGGCCACCCUGUUCAUCUGUAACUCAACCAGGCAGCAAAAUGAGUUCAGCAUCCAUUUCACUAAUUAUUUCUCUGGGAUUUGUUUUUUCCUGUCGUGCUUAAUACAAAUACAAUACCUGUGUACCAAUACAGAGCCAGGGAAAGAGGCAAAAUUAGCUUUUUAUUAAAAAGAAAAAAAAAAAAAAAAGGCAGUUUAAACUUUAAGCCUAUUGGUUGCUUUUAAUCCCUGUGAUAUUAUAUUAUCCCUCCUGGUGUCCAAGGCCCUAAGGAACACCUAUUUCUUGCUAUUAUCUGCCUGCUCUUGAUAACCUGUGUGCUAACAAAGGUUCUUCUCUUGCUCUGUCAUUGUUCCCACAGUUCUAUUCUUUAUUAACCGGUUGGUCUAUUUCUCACCUAUUAAAUUCUAAAACCCUGUCUAAAUUACGUGCAGCCUUUAGCCUUGUUCCUCUUUCUGUGGUAUUGUACAUGACAAGCUCAGCUUUCAUGAUUGAAAUUUCUUUCAAACUAAUCUCAUCCACACAGGCUUUAGCUACCUUUUUGCAUUCUUCAGACUAGCUAUGGUCUGUGUUUUAUCUACCUCAGAAAAAUCUGGUGGAAAAUCACCAUGAAAUAACUCCUGCUCUGUAAAGCUAGUUGGAAAAUUUGAAAACUUAAAAAUAAAAUAAAAG